AUGUCGAACCAGGCCGUGGGAAGCGUCUACCAGACGAUCAUUGAGGAGGUGAUCAACAGUUCGCGAGUCGAUUUCGAGGAAAGCGGUGUUGAAGAGGCCGUGCUGGAGGAGCUGCGAUUGGGAUGGCAACAGAAGCUCUCCCAGCUCGACGUGGCCCGGUUUCCCUGGGAUCCCAAGCCUGAACCUGCCCCACCAACCGCAUCUGGUCCACCUCCCAAUACAGCCACGCCUGUGCAUACACAAGCUCAGUUUGCUACGCCAUUGUCACUGCCGGCGGCAAGCCCUCCCAGUGGAUUGCUGCAGAAUGGCGUCAAACCAGAGCCGUAUGUGAAGACAGAGCCCGGCAUCAAGCAGGAGCCCGGCACACAGCAGCCCAAUGUUCCCUAUCCCAGCUACAAUGGCAUGGAAAAGAACAGCGUUGCUGCCAACAGGGCUGCCCAGCAACUCCAGGCUCAGUACGGACAGCGAGCGCAGGACUCCAUAAAUGCCAUACAACAGGGCCGCAUGGGACAGCCUCAGCAGCCAGGACAGCCGUCAGGACCCGUAUUGCCGCAACAGCCGCAACAGCAGCCAUCGGAUCACCAUCAGUCAUUGGGCAAUGCUCAGGUAGAUGGUGCGGGCGAUGAUGCCAUGAUUGAAGAUUCUUCGGAUGAAGAGGAAGAGAGCUUUGAAGGCGUCCUCUUACGGCAUGGGGUCAACGGUAAGCCCGAGGAGCUUGGAAGAGUCGAAAUCGACCGCAUCCUCCACGAUCAGAUGGCUGCCAAGGCGAAAAGCAUGGAAGGAGGCGGUUUGAUGCUAUCUCUUAAGGAAGCUACAAAAGAUCAACCCAAGUCCAAGAAGAUGAGAAAUAAAGGAAAGGGCCCUGCUGGCGUUGCUGCAUAUGAUGGCGGCGAUGAUGAGGACGUCGAAGUCGAUGAAGACGCCAUCAACUCUGACCUUGAUGAUCCUGAUGAGGACCGAGAUGAUGAUGAGGUUGAUGAUGAAGGUCUGGGUCAUAUCAUGCUCUGCAUGUACGACAAGGUCCAGCGCGUCAAGAACAAGUGGAAGUGCACUCUUAAAGAUGGCGUCUUGACGGUCAACGGUAAGGAGUACGUAUUUAACAAAGCAACGGGCGAGUACGAGUGGUAG